AUCAUUCCCAAAGGCGCCUCCGCCUCUCCAGUACUACAACUCCUCCAAUAGUUCACUUUUUCUAAUACAUAUUUAAAAAGAGAGAAUGGCUUCUCUCAGCCUGGGACUAAAUUUCUCACGAAAGAAGAGCCUGGCGAGAAACGCUGCAGUGGAGCGGAAAAACCUCAUCACCGUCUGCAGGUUUUCUGUAAAGACACUAAUUGACCGCUCCUGCUUUGAGACCAUUGACGACUCAUGUUCGGAAUUUACAAAUUUUGCAGCUAUUCUGGAACAAGUCCUGAGUCAUCGUCUCAAAGGUCAAAUAAAUUGGUUUGGUUAUGAAAGCCAUCGAAGCUUCUGGGACUUCAUCCGUGUGGCGUGCAGUAAGGUUCCCCAUAACUGCAUCAGUAGCAUUGAAAACAUGGAGAAUGCAAGCUCGUCAAGAGCAAAGGGCAGAGCAUGGAUCCGAGUCGCACUCAUGGAGAAGCGUCUGUCUGAGUAUAUCUCUACUUCCCUAAGGGACAUCAAAACAACCAGGAGAUAUUAUGAAGACGGAGCAAUUGUACUAGGAGAAGAAGCAAACAUGCUUGCUGGCAUGCUGCUUGGACUCAAUGCUAUUGAUUUCAGCUUCUGUUUAAAGGGUGAGAGUUUGGAUGGCAAUUGUCCUGCUGUUAUAGACUACACCCCCUAUCUGAAGUUCACGCAAAGCUCUGAGAGUAUCAGCAGUGAUGAGGAGGAGUUGCGGACUCUGGGAAGCAGCGGCAGUGAAGGGAGCACACCCGAAAACAUUGGUCCACCUUUCAUUACCGAUGAACACAGUUGGUACAACAAGUGCAAGCGAGUGGAGCAGAAGUUCAGGCUGGCAUUGGAGCAGAAGGGCUACCUGGAGGAGUUGGUACGUUUGCGAGAAGCUCAACUUGCAGAAUCAGUUGCUCAAAACAAACUUGUUCUACAAAGGAUGGAAGAGGCUGACCUGAACCACAAAUUGGAGAAGGAACAACUGGAGUUCAUCAUCCUGGAACUGCAGGAUCAGCUGGCGGUGUUAAAAAAUAAUGAUUUGAGAUCAAGACAAGAAUUAACUGCACAUCUCACCAAUCAGUGGCCCUCCCCAGGAGCACUAGAUGCAGAUGCUGUCGCUUUGGAUACACUUCUGUACAGAAAACAGUGUGGACAAUGGGAUGAACAUAGUUUUCAAAGUUUGGAGCAACUCUCAGCAGAAAUCAGUCUUUCUUCAACUUCAUUAGAUCCAUUGCAUCCACAGAAAGAAGGGGUAGGAAGGCAUGGAAACUCAAAAAAUGAUGGAAAGGAGGACACUCCCUCAUUACUUGGUCUAUGUGGAUCCUUGACCUCCAUGACAAGCUACAAGUCUCUUACAAGCCUCAAGUCAAGUGAAUGUCUUGCAAGUCCCAAUGCUGAAAUUACAAGCCCAGGGCUCACCCCAUCUUAGUAACAUUUGUGAUUAGCAAAGCAAGGAUGAAGCUGUCAUCUUGUGCACUAAAGUGACAUUCCAAUCAUUCAACAAAUCCUGAAAAGCAUGGAAACUUGACUUAAUAAAUCCAAUCUGAUUUUAUUUAACCAGAAAACCGACCGAAAAUGCACUUGCUACUCUGCGGUAUAUUUAAUGUUCGCAGAAGGCUUUGGCCAGUCGUGUAGGGUGCUUUACUUGAAUGUGUUUACUUUGGGAAUUAUUCCAUAUGUGCAAAUGUCAGUCAUGACAGCUUGGGUUGAGAUUUCUUUCCCAUAAAAUGUCUGCUUUAAGAUGUCCUUCUACUUAUAAAAGAAAGCAUUAUAAUUCUCAUUGCUUUUGCUGCUGGUGUUACUUUGCAGAAGCCUGUACUCUGGGUUUGUGAAUUUCUGGAGCUAAAAAGUUGUCAAAUGUGCAAUUAAAUUCAUUGCUUAAAAAGAGAAGCUGCUACUUUUCCUGGAGAAUUGAAAUGCAAGUGUUGCAGACUUCUAUAUGUAUUUCAUUAGCUAUUGUAUUUACUUUUUUUUGAGAAUUUCCAUCUAGCUUUACAUCCUGACUGCUUGGAACAAAGCCAUUUUCCACAGACCUGUAAGUGAAGGUGAUACCUAGUUUUUGUUGUUUUUGCAUUAUUUGACUAACUUGAUACAAGAUGCCUUUAACAUUCUGACAGGGUUUAGGUAUGUGAAGGUGUAGACUGGAUUUAUUCACUAAAGCUUUAAGUACCUGCCUGUUACAUGUGAAUGUAAAUGACAACAAGCACAUUUAGUGUUAAUUUAAAUGCAGUUGCCAGAAGGCUUUGUGCACUCACAAUGUUAUUGAUCUCAAAUCUAGAACAAGCACUGUAACCCAGCCAGUCCUGCACUGGUUUGAAUACUGCUCCAUAUUGUAAUUGUUUAAUUUCAGUGCAACUAUGUCAACAAAAUGAUGAAAAUUGUAACAUUCUCCUGCCCUAAUGAAGAAAAGUGAACCAACUGUGAAUGUUUUGCUCAACAAUAACAAAUCACUAAUUAAAUACAUUGAGGGAUGAUGGGUAAAAAUCUUGUUAAUGACGCAUUUAAACAUGUUGCAGAGAACCUUGCCACAGAUGUAUGCACACUUUAAGUUAUAAAUUGUGAAAACGUUUAAAUAGUUUUGUUAAUUGUAACUAACUAGGUAUGAAUUUUUCUAAUACUUGUAAAUUGCAUUUAAGUCUUUGACCUUGGGUUACAUGUAUGUUUGUAACUUUGUCAAUGUGUGAUGUUUUACUCUAAAUGGCUUAAAGUAACAGCGAUUCCUCACUUUACUUCCUGUUACUUUUAGCUGUUUAUACACAAGAAUAAUUAAUCACAAUGGGUCUUAGUAUAGGGUCUUUUAUGAUAUCUAUUAUUUAAAAACUAUUGGUAUAAUUGUCUCACCCUAUUUUUAGUGAUUACUUUUAAAUACCAUCCCACUGUAUCAGUAAACAUUUUAUUCUGUAUUAAACUAACACUAAGUUGCUGCUGAAAUGUACAUAAUGCAUGAUGAAUCUGUUUCCUUUUGGCACCAAUGGGUGUUCACAGGGCUUUUACUUUGUUCAGUCUUAUUUAAAUGAGAAGGGCAAUGUAAAAUUUUACUUGUGUAUGCUUUCUUAAUUUUUGUCUUGAUAAUUUGUGAGGUCUUAAUGAACUGCAUGUAUAAUAAAGUGAAA